AUGGCUCCAGUGGUGUCAGAUAGCCAUGCUGUCACCGUGACUUACACAACAACCUAUGUCACUAUAGCUUGUACCCCAUCCUCUUCAACCUUCGGCUGUGCAACAUAUUCAACGUCCAUCCAAUCCUCUGAGCAAGGGGAUGCGACAAUAGCAUUAUACAUGCAAGCCACGAGGAGUACGAUUACUGACGGCGCUAUUGGAUUUGGGCCUCUUGAGAUGGCCUGGCGGACAACACCUUGGAUAGCGCAAAUGCCCUCGGAUGUCAAGGCCUACUAUGCCUCUGUCUCCUUGCCCAUGUAUACGACUUCAGUGGUGUACUAUCAAUACUACGAAUUCGUUCUUACACUACCUCAUCCGUCCGGGACAUCCGUUCUUGUGGGCGCCGGUGCGACAUCGGCGAGCGAUUUCAACAGCACGCAAGCUGGCUCGACAUUGACCCCAAUGAACUCUUUCAGUACCACGAGCCCAUGGCCGACAUCAACAUCUGUCGUGAGCCUAAGCGACGAAACAGGUAGACCCGCGGCUCCAAUCGUGACUCCAGGGCAGACUGCAGCUAUCUCAGUGUCCGUCGUCAUCGUUCUGUUCGCCAUGAUAUGUGGGCUUAUUGUUUAUUACAAGAGGAUCCGUCCAGCUCGCGACAGGGCUCUGCUGGAAAUCAGUCAAGCCCAAGGACAGCCGUCAACCGAUCGCGAUACGAAAAGCCCUCACUUGCUCGAGCCUGCCACACUACAUGCAACUGUGGGCCAUCGGAGUGAGAAGUCUGGUGCGUUCACUUCUUCUCCUGGUGGACUGCUCCGGCCGACGCCGUCCCAACUACCAGAGUUGGACAGUAUCUCCCGGGCCGCAACAAGUGGAAGAAGUCCGAUGCACCAUCAUAGUGUUGAGCUCGAAGGCUCUCCUGCAUCCAAGCUUGGCACUGGCGAGUUCGUGAUCGAUGCCGGAGUACAGUUGCCUUCCCAAGCUACCGUUAGCAACAGAUAA